ACUGUUGGUCCUCACCAAACACGAAGCACUUCAGGGGAAAGCCGACACGUUUUGCGCAGCGUUUUGCGGUCUGUCCAUCCGAUACCUUACUUUCUUUGGCGCCAAACGGCUAUACUUGUUAUUUGUUUGUCAUAUUACCGGCAUAAAAGCACAAGCAAACGGCAUAGUUUUUUGAGAACGAGCAGCGAGCGGCACUCGCGCUGGGCCCGGCGCAACCAGCCUAGCGGUGCUUGUUCGCAUUGUUUUCCACUUAAAGACCAAGCCUAGGGUCCUGAAGCAGUCCCGCGAGGGACAACUCUCACAAUGUCAGCUCUCUUCGACUUCAAUAGCUUCAUCGUCGUGGUGCUGCUGACCAUCUGCACCUGCACGUACGUCAAGCUUAUUUAUCCCGCGGCGCUAAACGUCAAGACGGGAUUCAAGGGGUUGUUCUGGAAGGCAGCACGGAUAGGGGAACGACUCAGCCCAUGGGUUGGAGCUGCAUGCAUAGCGAUGGGCUUCGUGACGCUGUUUUACUAGCAGGCCAUUGGAGGCGGCGGCUGGGAAGGAAUUUGGAGCAGCUUAUGCCCUUCCACGUCAGCACAGACGCGGAGGAUUGUGGUUAAUGUGUGUUUGGAGAGAGUGGCGCUUAUCCUGUGGGCGCUAUAUCCGUAGGGCAUCAGGCUGGCCAGGCACUGCAGGUGACUCAUGGCAGGCAGACAGUAUUGUUGCGAUCUUGGCAAGGGAUCUCUGACAUGAGUGACAUGGCUCAAGAAGCGCUUGUGCGGAUGAAUAGGUCGAAAUUCCGGCAGGCGCAGGCCAUGAGGAGAGCGGAGGAAGGCACAGGUGCCGUGUGCAUUCGUGUGGGUUUGGCGGGUGGCUUCCCCACCCGUGGUGACCUCACACAACCCCUCCCCCCACGCCAAGUUUCCGUGUUGGUGACUUCACAUGUAUUGUUGAGCUGCGAAAUUGUGGAGGGCCGCUCGGUAGGGUAAAUCAUCUUAACGGGAGGUCUUCUGGUCUCAACCGUGAUACAAAUGGAACAGAUGUAGGUGAUAAAGCAAUCCUCACCUGUAAGUAUGUGGCUUC